AUGCCGCCCCGUGCGCCCCGGAGGCCGCUGCUGCUGCUGCUGCUGCUCGGGCUGCGGGCGCCGCUGCUGCCGCGGGCGGAGACGGGCUCGGAGCGGCAGACGGCGCGGGAGCUGUACCGGCGCUGGGAGCGCUACCGCAGGGAGUGCCAGGGGGCGCUGCAGGCCGCCGAGCCCCCGGAGGGCCUCGCCUGCAACGGGUCCUUCGAUAUGUACGUCUGCUGGGACUAUGCUGCACCCAACACCACUGCCCGUGCUUCCUGCCCCUGGUAUCUGCCCUGGCACCGCCACGUGGCUGCAGGCUUUGUCCUCCGCCGGUGCGGCAGUGAUGGCCAAUGGGGACCUUGGAGAGACCAUUCUCAGUGUGAGAACCCAGAGAAGAAUGGGACCUUUCAGAACCAGAAGCUGAUCCUGGAGCGGCUGCAGGUGGUGUACACCGUGGGCUACUCCCUGUCCCUGGCCGCGCUGCUGCUCGCCCUGCUCAUCUUGGGCUCCUUCAGGCGGCUGCACUGCACUCGCAACUACAUUCACAUCAACCUGUUCACGUCCUUCAUGCUCCGGGCGGCAGCCAUCCUCACCCGCGACCGGCUGCUGCCUCCUCCGGACCCCGCGCCCGGGGACCAGGCCCCCAUCCUCUGGAACCAGGCGCUCGGCCCCUGCAGAACGGCCCAGAUCGUGACCCAGUACUGCGUGGGCGCCAACUACACGUGGCUGCUGGUGGAGGGCAUCUACCUGCACAGCCUCCUGGUGCUCGUGGGGGGCUCCGAGGGGGGCCCCUUCCGCGGUUACCUGCUCUUCGGCUGGGGGGCCCCCGCGCUUUUCGUCAUCCCCUGGGUGAUCGUCAGGUACCUGUACGAGAACACGCAGUGCUGGGAGCGGAACGAAGUCAAGGCCAUCUGGUGGAUCAUACGCACCCCGAUCCUCAUGACCAUCUUGAUUAAUUUCUUCAUCUUUCUCCGCAUCCUCGGCAUCCUCGUGUCCAAGCUGAGGACCCAGCAGAUGCGCUGCCCGGACUACCGGCUAAGGCUGGCCCGCUCCACGCUGACGCUGGUGCCUCUGCUGGGCGUCCACGAGGUGGUGUUUGCUCCUGUGACCGAGGAACAAGCCCGCGGCCACCUGCGCUUCGCCAAGCUGGGCUUCGAGAUCUUCCUCAGCUCUUUCCAGGGCUUGCUGGUCAGCUUCCUUUACUGCUUCAUCAACAAAGAGGUGCAGUCGGAGAUCCGCCGAGGUUGGCACCGCUGCCGCCUGCGCCGCAGCCUGGGAGAGGAGCCGCACCAGCCCUCCCAGCGGCCCUCUCUGAGCCUGCAGUUGGGCUCUGAACCCAGACAGGUCGCCACUGGCCGUGCCCUGUCCUCGGGGAACAUCCCAGGGCCUGGGGAUGAGGCCAGCCGGGUCUUGGAAAGUUACUGCUAG